CAAUUUUUUAUUUAUAACGAUGUUUUACAUUUCCAGUAAUGGGCUUAUCAUACAUAAAAAAAAAUAACGCUUGUUCACGUUUGAUCUAUUACCCUGUGAAAGAUUUUAGCCCGAAUUGUUACCUAAAACAGAACGUCGUCGCUUCUACCCCUGAAAUGAUUCAACUGAAUGGUUACAAAUUCGAAACACAUGAAAUAGUAACAGACGAUGGUUAUAAAUCGCUGGCUUUUCGUAUACCGCCAAAAAUUCACGACGAUAGAAAGAAAAAACAACCCAUCGUCUUAGAACAUGGUAUUCAGGUUAAUUCGGAAGUAUGGACAUGGAGGGGAAACAGAUCUCUUGCUUUCGUUUUGGUCAAUGCUGGUUAUGACGUAUGGUUGGUCAAUCAAAGAGAUAGCGGUUACACCACCCAUGUUAAGUACAAAAUGUCAGAUUUUAAAUUUUGGGCCAACAGCCUUGAUACUGUUGCAACUAAAGGAAUCUCAGCAAUUUUAAGUACAGUUGCUACAGCAACUAGUAAAUCAGGUUCUAUUAUUUACAUUGGUCAUUCUAGAGGGGCUACUUUGGCUUUUAUGUACGCUGCUGAGUAUCCAGAAGAAGCCCAAAAAAUUCUGAGAGGUGUGGUCGCUCUGUCUCCCAUUGUAUAUUUCGAACCCGUUUUCUAUAUGAAAAUACUUUUCCAAUUAUCACCUGUACUUAGUAAAAUCGUCAACGUAUUGAGAAUCCCAGUGAUAAACUAUCCAGUCGAAUAUACAGCAAAGUUUUAUCAGUUUCUUUGUACUUUUUUCCCAUACAUUUGUAAGCUCAUUAUUACUUUGACGUCUGGCAGCUCGUCUCAGUUGUCACCGGAUGAUCUUUUGUCAAUGGUUUCGAUUCUUCCCGUUCCAGUGUCACUCAUGCAAGUUCUACAAUAUGCUCAAAUGUUCCACUCUCGAAAAUUCCAAAAGUAUGACUAUGGAAGAAGAGGAAAUAUUAUAAAAUAUAAUCAAGAGCAGCCCCCUUUGUAUAAUCUGACUAACUGUAAGCUUCCUGUGUACAUGUUUUAUGGUAAUUGUGACAUCUUCAUCAAGGAAAAAGCUGUGAAAAGAGUUUUUGAGGAACUUGGAAGCAGCGAAAAAGAAUAUUUUCGGGUACCAAGUGGAACUAACACCGAGAAGUUGAAGUUUGGUCAUAAUGAUUACUUUUUUUCUGAAGACAUCGAGGAGUUAUUUUACAAGGAUCUCUUUCGAGUACUGGAUAAAUUGCACUCCAAGAAAUAACUUUGCUUGAUGCAGAUAUAAGGAUGGAAAUAGAAAUAAAU